AAAUUAUUUUAUAUUUCCGGGUUCGGACAGAGUGCAUUUGCUCCAGUGGUGUUUGGGGCAGCUGGAUCCAAAUUUAAGGGAGCGAUUUCAGAACUGUGAUGGGGAUGUAGCAGAAAAAAGAACAAUCGAGUAUGCCAAAAACUUUGGACUGAGUCUGAAAACGGAUGUUAUUUUAGGCUCUGCAGACCAGAAGGAGCAGAUAGCGAUGUGGGUGAUGAUUCUCAGUGUUUUACAGGUCAAUAGGCACCAAAAACAGUCCCAACCUAAUGGCGGCAAGUCAAAAGGGGCCAUUAGACAAACUAUAAUGUCUUUAAUUCGGCAAAGGGAUCUUACCGACCUUCUACACACCAAAACAAACUUGUUUCCACCUGAUCUACGUAUUGUUGCACCUGUCAUACACAAAACAACUGUUGAAGAAGAAUUAAGAGCUGCAAUUUUAGAAUUAGAGGAGCUACAGGAAGAAGUCAAUAAUUCUCUUUCAGACAAUGAAGAUAAUUCAAAUGCCGACAGAUCUGUGCAUUCUAGUAGUGACUACAGAGAAAAGUUUUUAGAAAGUAUCAAGAAGAUUCAGGAAUGCUACAGGCAUAUUGAAACCACAGUUUUUCCUGCUGUGAGGAAACAGCCAGAAAACCCUAUUGCAGAAGUUUUAGGAAAUUACUUUGAGGAGAUCUCUGACAAAGUCAUUUCAUUUGUACAAAUGAUGAAAGAAACAGAGCAAAUUCAUCAGAUGGCAAAAACAUUAGAAACUACUAAUGUGGAUAACACCAUUUCGCCAGAUCCGUCUGAUUUGCAACAAUGCAUAUCAAAAUGCCACUCCCUGGUGUCUGAAACUCUGUCUUUAUGGAGAUUACACAAUAUGUUAUGAAAUCUACUUCUCCUUUUCCACAAAAUAAUUAUCAAAUUUCAUGUAUUUCAUAUAUUUAUUAUUAAAAUUUGAGUAAACCAUUUUAAAAAUG